AUGAAGAAGGGCUCCUCAAGUAGCAGCAGUGCUUAUAGUUUCGCGAAACGCAUCAUAUCCGUGUUAUCCUCCGUCGCCAGAGCCAAAUCUAUGGCCAUCCGAAACAAGGCCAACGCCCUCAAAGCUCGAGCCUUCGUCCUCUCCCUGCUCAAGAACCGAAAGUUCUCGCUGCCUUCAUUCUCCCACAAGAUUCAGGCCAUUCUGGGCCACCAACACGGCGCAGGCAGCCACGGCGGCGGCGACGAGGAGGAGGAGGAGGAGUACGACGAAAGCAAGGCGAUCGUACUCCACAAUGCCGCCGCGAGUUCCAGCCACUCCCAGCUGGUUCAUGAUCAGGAUGCCGGCGGCGAUGAUCGUGAUUAUCAGUACUACUACUACGAGGAUGAGGAGGAGGAGGACAAGUAUCCGGAUCUAAGGCACUCGCUGUUCGAAGAAGAGGAGGAGGACGAGCUGGACUUGGGGGGCCCGAACGCGUCGGUGAUCGAUCUGGUGAGGAAUGCGAGGGAAGGAGGAGAGGAAUUCAAGCUGGAAGACGAGAUCAAUCACGUGGCGGACCUCUUCAUCAUGAAGUUCCACAAGCGGAUGCGCUUGCAGAAACUGGAGUCCUUCAAGAGGCUCCAGGAGAUGCUCCAGCGCAGCCUUUGA